AUGGAUGACGAUUAUUACUCUAUAGACUCUAUCCUAGCGGAGAACCAGAAAAUCCAAUGCACGUUCAAAGUGGAUAUCCCUGAGAUGGGUCAUCUCGAUGGAGGGGAUGAACGCGAUAUCAAGGCUUUAAGCAAGAUACAGCUGCCGAUGUGGAUGGCUUAUAUCUUAAUCUACUCGAACUACGCUGGCUUCACGGUGCCACCGCCGUUCUCGAACCGCGUCAAGAACGCGCUGAAGGCUGAGCCGAAGAGUGUGCGAUUAUCCGCGCUUGUAGGAGCGGGCGCUUCGUGGUACGCUUUUGGGAGGAUCUACAUGAGGCUACUCUCCGAAGAGGGUGCGACGGAGAUGUCUGAGAACCUCGCCAAGACGUUCCGAGAUCGGCUUGCAGAGGUCAUCGACCAAGCGCAACAUUUCGCCGCGCUGGGACCAGUCGGAGGCGCAGGGCAAUCCAACGACGUCGCUGCGGCAUUCAGAGAAGGGUUGGACGCGACUGAGCGAGAUAUGUUUACUUUGGCGCAGGAUAGCGCGCGCUCUACGAAGCAAUGGUACGAGUCCACGGACCGAGGAAGGAAGUAA